AUGUCUACCUUUUCGUACGCACAAGCCGCCAAGGGCGCAUCCGGGACACCGACUCCAUCUAAGACGCCAUCAGAGCCGGAGAAGAUCGACUCCAAACCGGAGGAAGUACCAACGGAGACCACAACGGAGACCGCGCCCGCUCCCGCUGAACCCGAGGCCCCUCAAACAUCUGAGAAGAUCGCCGUGGAGGAAACCAAGGAUGACGACUUCACCACCGUCACCAACAAGCACGCCGCUAAGAAGGCCGUUGCCUCCCGCACGUCAAGUCCAAGCGUUCGCACCACGUCCAAGUCCCGCAAGUCUAAGGAUGACGACUCUUCAAAUACCCCGAAUGGAACCACAGAGGCCACUUCUGAGAAGCAGGCUUCCACCGAGGGAAAGACCGAUGCUAUUGCUGAGAAGUCGAGCGAGAAGUCCGAGGAGGCUGCGAAGGAUGCCGCCCUUCCCAAGGAGUUGAAGGCUGCUCCUCUCCCAUCUAUCAACAUCUGGCAGCAGCGCAGAGAGGCGCAAGACGCCAAGGUCAAGACUACUCCUAAGUCUGCUACCGGCGGCAAGGCCAGCUCUACCAAGGGCGCUUCCACUGCCGAUGAGUCUCAGCAGGAUUCCAAGGCCUCGAAGAAGAAGAGCGCUGAAAGCGCACCAGAAGGCACCAAGGCUUCCAAGAAGACCGAGAGUGGCAAGGGACGCGAUGCUGGAUCGGUCCCCCCAGUUGAAGAUUCUACCGCAUGGCCCACUCCCCAGGUUGCUAUUGGCGAAGAGAAGAAGAAGGCCCAGGAGAAGACCGACAAGAGCCCCGUGAUCCGCCCCCAUGGAAAGGAGAAGUGGACCCCCGUUCCUUACGUCCCUACUGCUGUGUUCAACACUCCUCUGCCUUCUGCCGGCGGCGGCCGCGGAGGCCGACGUGCCACUCGUGGUGGCCGUGAUUCUGGCCGUGGAGCUAACGGCACCGGAGCUGCCGCCACUGACAAGGCUGCCUCUGGACAGGCUGCCCAGGGCAAGCAGGCCACCGCAGAGCGCGGAAGAAACGAGGCUACUGGACGUGCUGCCUCCCUCCCUGCCCAGUCGAGACGUUCCACGAGCACCGAGGCUGGUGCCACUGCUGAUGCUCGCAAGGCUUCUCAAGCCCCCGAGCGCAGCCGUGGAGCUCGCAACGGCGAGGACGCCACCAAGCAGGUCAAUGGAGAGAAUGCUCCCCGCGCCCAGCGCGAGGGCAAGGCUUUUGGAAAGAACCAGGAAGCUCGCAAUGGCAAGGGUGGAAACCUGGCCGUCGACUCGCAGGCUGCUGCCCGCACCAAUGACCGUCGCUUUGAUGCUGGCUCGAAGUCUGCUGAUCCCGCUGGCUUCACCGAGUUCAACCGUGGUGAAUUCCGUGGAGAGCGCGGAGGCCGUGGAGGCAACCGUGGCCGUGGUGGCUUCAACAACUUCAAUGGUCAAAGUGCUCAGUUCAAUAAUGGGGCUGUGUCCAACAACUUUGCUCCCUCCAAAUCCUUCGGUGGUUUCAAUGACCGUCAGCGGUCACAACAGCAUGGCCUUCCCAAUGGCUCUCAGCAGAACAACCGCAUGCCUUUGAGAUCGCCCUCGCUGCCUAACGGAAAUGUCUAUGGUGUCUACCCCUUCCCUACCGAUGUCAACACUAUGUACGGCUACCAGGCUGUGAACCCCGGCCCCAUGAGCGCUGUGCCCUACCAGCCAUACAUGGAGCCCUUCUCGCUCAUGUCUAUGCUGUCCAUGCAGCUGGAAUACUACUUCUCGGUGGACAACAUGUGCAAGGACAUGUUCCUUCGCAAGCAGAUGGACUCCCAGGGCUUCGUUCCCUUGAACGUCCUUGCCAGCUUCAAGCGUGUUAAGUCCUUGACCGAGGAUUUUGAACUUAUUCGUCAUGUUGCUCGCCAGCUCCGCAAUGUUGAGUACCAGACCGGUGAAGACAAUGUCGACCGUCUGCGUCCCAGAGACAAGUGGCAGCAGUGGGUUCUCCCUGUUGACCAGCGUGAACCUGCCGCUCAGCACACCACUCCCGCUGCCAAGAACGAUGAGAACACCCCUGUGAAAGCUAUCAACGGAUCUGCUCCUCAAUUCGUUCCCAACGGAGUUGCCAAUGUCGCUAAGACAUCACUUUCGUCUACCGCCCCCGAAUUCAUGCCUUCAUUGCCUCACACCGCAGUGAAUGAAAUUGCCAAUGUAGGAUACCCCAUGGACCCGUACCUGUCGCAAGAUGCGAACUCGACUUGGUCGAUUGUUUCGUCGUCUUCCCAAUUACCUUUGGAUCGUUCAUUUUCUGACAGUUAUUCAGCGCGCGGAUUAGAUUCGCAUGCCGAAUCCCCUUCCCCUCUUGACUUGAAGACGUUGGCGAACCCAGUGAAGUCUGAUACUGACCGCUUUCGACAUCAAGUCGGUGGUGCUACUCGUUCAAAAUACAAAGACUUGAGGAGAAGGAGAUACAACCAGUCAAAGAGAAUGGGCCGUCCGUCCACAGAAACGUCCAAUUAUGCCCCGCAACUUUCUACCUUGCCAAGCGAUGAACCUUUUGGCGAGCAAGGCCGAUCAGUUACCCGAGAAAAUACCCCUGUUGCCACCCUGCCUUACUCUGACUGGUCUCGGAGCUUGAAAAGCAAUUUCGAAUUGAACCUGUACAAUGAAUUUAGGCGUUCAGCCCUUGAUGAUCUUUUUACACGACACGUUGACAAUGGGUUCAAGGCUCUCAUGGAUUUCUAUCGGAAGGCUCUGUUUGCCCGCCGUAUCCAUUCCACUGUGAUGUUUGACAUGAUCAAUCUUUCGAAGGAUACAUCUCACGGUUGUUCAACCAUCGCUUAUGAUAUGAUUCAUGACGCCAUUGCCAGUGGGGACAUGUUGCUGAAAAACCAGAAAACUGUCAACAAACAUUUCAAUACCCUGCACGGCAACCUGCCCCGAGAAAAGUUACAACGUUGA